GGCUGCGGCCGGAGGCCCGACCCACCCCGGCCGGGACCCUGGACCCCCGUCCCCCCGAGGCCCCCACCCGAACGCGGCCCCCGGGACCCCUACGCCGGGCCGGGCCAUCCUCCUCGCCGAGCCCCCUCCCGACCCCCCAUCCCGGGCGCGGGGGGUGCCCUGCAUCCGGAUCGCUGGGCAGGGCCGCAGUGCCCGGGGAGCCCGCGGCGACGCCCCCUCCGCAGCCUCAGUUUCCCCGGGCGGUCCUGGCGCAUCCUCGCCCGCCCCUCCCCCGCAGCCGCCGGCACCGGGUUCCCCCCGGCUCAGUCUGCGCCCCCCUCCUCCAGCGCGGCUUUGUCCCCUCCGGCCGCGGCCUGUGGCGCCCGCGGCACCAUGAUCGCGACCAAGGAGAAGAAUAAAACCCCCAAGGACAGCAUGACGCUUCUGCCCUGCUUCUACUUCGUGGAGCUGCCCAUAGUGGCAUCGUCCGUCGUGUCCCUGUACUUCCUGGAGCUGACCGACCUCUUCAAGCCGGCCCAGGUGGGCUUCCAGUGCUACGACCGCACGCUCUCCAUGCCCUACGUGGAGGCCAACGAGGAGCUCGUCCCGCUGCUCAUGCUCCUGAGCCUGGCCUUUGCCGCCCCCGCGGCCUCGAUCAUGCUGGGCGAGGGCCUGCUCUACUGCCUGCAGUCGCGGCUGUGGGGCCCGGGCGGGGCCGAGGGCAGCAUCAGCGCCGGCGGCUGCAGCUUCAACGCCUUCCUGCGGCGCACCGUGCGCUUCGUGGGCGUCCACGUCUUCGGCCUGUGUGCCACGGCCCUGGUGACCGACGUCAUCCAGCUGGCCACCGGCUACCACGCGCCCUUCUUCCUGACGGUCUGUGAGCCCAACUACACGCUGCUGGGCACGCCGUGCGAGGCCAACCCCUAUGUCACGCAGGACAUCUGCUCCGGCCACGACGCCCACGCCAUCCUGUCUGCCCGGAAGACCUUCCCGUCGCAGCACGCCACGCUGUCGGCCUUCGCUGCCGUCUACGUGUCGAUGUACUUCAACUCGGUCAUCUCGGACACCACCAAGCUGGUCAAGCCGGUCCUGGUGUUCGCCUUCGCCAUCGCUGCGGGCAUCUGUGGCCUCACCCAGAUCACCCAGCACCGCAGCCACCCUGGGGACGUCUACGCCGGCUUCCUCAUCGGGGCCGGCAUCGCCGCCUACCUGGCCUGCCACGCGGUGGGCCACUUCCAGGCGCCGCCCUCGGAGAAGCCGGCUGCCCCGGCGGCCGCCAAGGACGCGCUGCGGGCGCUGACGCAGCGGGGCCACGACUCGGUGUACCAGCAGAACAAGUCGGUGAGCACCGAUGAGCUGGGCCCGCCGGGGCGGCUGGAGGGCGUGCCCCGGCCGGUGGGCCGCGAGAAGACCUCGCUGGGCAGCCUGAAGCGGGCCAGCGUGGACGUGGACCUGCUGGCCCCGCGCAGCCCCAUGGGCAAGGAGAGCAUGGUGACCUUCAGCCACACGCUGCCCCGCGUCAGCACACCCUCGCUCGACGACCCCGCCCGCCGACACAUGACCAUCCACGUGCCGCUCGACGCCUCGCGCUCCAAGCAGCUCAUCAGCGAGUGGAAACAGAAGUCGCUGGAGGGCCGCGGCCUGGGGCUGCCCGACGAGGCCAGCCCGGGGCACCUGCGGGCGCCGGCCGAGCCCAUGGCCGAGGAGGAGGAGGAGGAGGAGGAGGAGGAGGAAGAGGAGGAGGAGGAGGAGGAGGAGGAGGAUGGAGAGGAAGGGGGGCCGGCCCCACCCUCGCUCUACCCCACCGUCCAGGCGCGGCCGGGGCUUGGGCCUCGGGUCAUUCUCCCGCCACGGGCCGGGCCGCAGCCGCUGGUGCACAUCCCUGAGGAGGGCGCGCAGGCGGUGGCCGGCCUGUCCCCCAAGAGCAGCGCGGCCGUGCGGGCCAAGUGGCUCAUGAUGGCCGAGAAGAGCGGGGCCGCCGUGGCCGCGGCCCCCGCGCAGCCCCGCGUGGCCAACCCGCCGCGGCUGCUGCAGGUCAUCGCCAUGUCCAAGGCGCCGGGCGGGCCGGGCCCCAAGGCGGCCGAGACGGCCUCAUCCUCCAGCGCCAGCUCUGACUCCUCGCAAUACCGCUCGCCGUCGGACCGCGACUCGGCCAGCAUCGUCACCAUCGACGCGCACGCGCCCCACCACCCCGUGGUCCACCUGUCAGCGGGUAACGGGCCCUGGGAGUGGAAGGCGGCGGGCGGCGGGGCCAAGGGCGCGGAGGGCGAGGGCGGCUACGAGCUGGGGGACCUGGCCCGCGGCUUCCGGGGCGGGCCCAAGCCGCCGGGCUUGUCCCCCGGCUCGUCCAUCAGCGACGUGGACCAGGAGGAGCCGCGGUUCGGGGCCAUGGCCACCGUGAACCUGGCCACGGGCGAGGGGCUGCCCCCGCUGGGCGCGGCCGACGGGGCGCUGGGCCCGGGCAGCCGCGAGUCCACACUGCGGCGCAAAGCGGGCGGCCUGGCGCUGGGUGAGCGCGAGGCCUCGGGCGAGGCGGAGGCGGAGAGCUACUACCGCAAGAUGCAGGCAGCACGAAGGUUCAAGGACUGAGCGCCGGGCUGGGGCGCGGCCGCUGGUCAGGCCCCGGGGAGUGGGGCCG